CGCCAGUCAAAUGGAAUCCUCUUUGGGCACUCGCGUCUCGGGGGCUGUUUCCUUGCAGUUUCUGUGGUACCCGCGCGAACGAGUCCCCGUUUCGUCGUUGCCUGCACUCGGCGUCUCCACCGAUUAGCUCCUCCACCACAUAAGCCACCGCUAUAGCGCGAAGCCAAAGCUAGCCCAGCCUCCAGAUUCCAGAACGCGGAGGGAGAGAAGCGAGCGGCGAGCAGCCACAGCCAGGAAACUCUCCAUCCAGGCGGUGGGGGGAAUUGGGGGUGAGGAAAUCAGGAGGACCAUGCUUCCGGGCGUGGAGCUCGCGCGGCGGCGGCGCGUGCACUACCGCGGCGACGGAGUGGGGGGCGCGGCCGGCGGCGACCACCACCAGCAGCUGGGGGCGACGGCGCAGGCGGUCUCCGGCGUCGUGGGGCCCGCGCUGGCGGCCCGCAUCAGGCUCGAGGAGAAGCUCCGUGGCGCCGCCGCGCCCUCCUCCUCGUCCAGGUGGGGCAGGCUAACACGGGACAAGGGAGCGAGCUCCAGACAGCAGAACAUCCAGCAAGAACAGCAGCAGGUCCUGACUGCCAGCACGGAGUUCAGGUCCCCCUCUACGGCUCCAGCAUUGCCGAUAACGACAGGUUGCUCUUCCGAGAUGAAUAGGACGCUGUCCAAGGCCGACGUCUGUGCUGUGUGCCUCGACGAAGUCUGGGAACGGCGGCAGCGGGUGACGCGGCUGCCCUGCUCCCACCGGUACCACUCUGACUGCGUCCUCCCCUGGCUGGCCAUCCAGCCGGACUGCCCCUGCUGUAGGACGGUCGUGCCUUCCGUGGACACCCUCUCUUAGAAGAAGCUAGCAAUGUUUUCUGAAAUGCUAUCUACUUCUGCUAACGUAGUACUGUAGUAGCAUGGACAAACCUCAUUGAGGCCAUGACAGGUUCUUUUAAGCUUUGGUAAUUAGAACUAUGGGAGAAGAUAUUGAUAUGAUGUGGUUUUUGUUCUAGUUUAUGGACUUGAGAGCUGCAAUUAUCGGGAUAUUUGUUUCUAGGGGAAUAUCAGUUAGAUACACUGCAAACGAUAUGUUUUUGAAAA